AUGGAGGCUUCUUCUGGAAUUGCGCCGGCAGACGAUGUACUCCCUGUCGACGCUGAGAAAUCGGCUGAAAAAUCGACUGAGGAGCGCUUGGAACAAAACGAAGCGACGGACAAGCCGAUCUCCCAAAUCCCUGCAAUUGAUCCUGUCAUCGAAAAACGCGUCGUUAGGAAACUCGAUGCUCGAGUUCCUGUGCUGACAGCCUUCCUGUGUAUGUUCGUCACGAAAUGCCGAAAUCGCGGGGAUGCAAAAAGAUUUGGGCCUGAAUGGACACAGCUAUGCCUGGCUCCUGACUAUCUUUUACAUUUCCUACACGCUCUUCGAGUUUCAGGCGCUGAUGUGGAAGGUCCUUCGCCCGCACCAAUGGGCUGCCAUAACAGUAGCCAUCUGCUGACCCGCUGUAGGGGAAUCAUGGCGACCUGCCAAGCGGCUGUUAAGAACUGGAGUGGCCUUAUGGCCCUUCGCUUCUUCUUGGGCGCUGCCGAAGCUGGCUUCGGGCCGGGCAUACCCUAUCUGAUGUCCUUUUUCUACCGCCGCCGCGAGCUCGGUCUCCGUUGCGGUCUGUUUCUUUCCGCCGCACCGCUCGCGAACACUUUCGCAGGGGCGCUGGCUUACGGCAUCACAUCUGGUCAUUCGAAACUGGCCAACUGGCGCCUGCUCUUCCUCGUCGAGGGCCUCCCAACUCUUCUGGCCGUCCCGUUGGCUUGGUUCUAUCUCCCGGAUUCUCCGGCUGAAGCGAAGUUUCUGACUGAGGAGGAGAAGGAAGUAGCUCGGGCAAGGAGCCUGAGAAGAACGGGAGAGGAAAUACAGAGUCGGGGAAUCGUUUGGAAGGACAUUGGUUUGACGUUGCUGGAUGCCAAGGCUUGGUUCACUGCGCUUUGGAGUCAAGACACUAAUACUGGCCAUCGUCAACAGCUCAUGUACUUCAGUUGCAAUGUCAGCUUCUCGUCCUUGCCGGUUUUUCUCCCGACGAUUCUCAAGGAUAUGGGCUUUACGGCCAUCAAUGCCCAAGGACUCACCGCGCCCCCAUAUUUCCUCUCCUUUCUGGUGACUAUCUCCACCACGUGGAUCGCAGAUCGGCUGCAGCAGCGUGGUUUGAUGAUCGCUUUCCUCUCCUUCAUGGGGGCAAUUGGAUAUGUCCUGCUUGCCGCGUGUUUUUCAGUCGGAGUUCGUUACUUUGGCGUGUUCCUCGCUGCCAGCGGUGUGUUUCCGUCGAUUGCCAACAUCCUUCCUUGGGUUCUCAACAAUCAAGGUUCCGACACGCGACGAGGCAUGGCCAUGGUUAUCCUCAAUGUCAUCGGACAGUGUGGGCCCUUCCUGGGGACGAAUAUAUUUCCUGACAAGGACAGCCCUCGUUACGUCAAGGGUCAGUCCAUCUGCGCGGCGUUCAUGUUCUUUAACACCUUUUUAGCCCUCAGUCUUCGCACCUUGCUUGCCUGGGAGAACCGGCGUCUCGACAGGCGCUAUGGCACUCCAGCCACGCAGACAGAGGAUGGGAAAGGCCAGGUCGCCACAGCUGAGGAGAACUAUGGGGCGAGCUUUAGAUACGUGCUGUGA